CGUGUGUGCACAAACGAAAUGGCAAGAAGGCGACGAUUUGACCCGACGGCACCACGCAAGGGAGCCGUCGUGCCGUCGCGUCGUCUGGUUGCGUCGCCUGGAGGGAGGCUAGAUAGAAAGAGAGAAAUGUUUGUCGUAAAUAGUACACCAUAAAAUAGUACACCAUACGUUUGGAUGCAAGACCAGCAUCCCGCGAACGUGAAAACAUCUAAUAGGUUUGACUCAAGAUUAACCCAUAUCUAAAGAUUAAGUGUUUUGGAAAUUCCUUCAGAGCACAGGCAUGAUUAGUGUUUCAAUACCAAACGUCAGGCAAAUUGUCCAUGAUGAUGAAAAAUACACGGCUUACCAAGUUGUUGUUCAAGUCUCUGGCAAAACCCAUGUCAUUGAGAAGCGAUAUAGGGAGUUUCAUUCACUUCAUAAACAGGUGAAGAAAUCCAUUGAGACUCCUGACUUUCCCCCAAAAAAGAUGCGAUCGUUGUCGAUGAAAGGCAUCGAGCAGAGGAGGCAGGCAUUGGAGACAUAUCUACAGGAACUACUAGCUAAAAACAACGUGCCCAAGUCCCUUUUGACAUUUCUGAAAGUCAAAAACUUCAAAACUGUCAGCUACGAUUCACUCGAUGAGCUGGGGAAAGAACCACAAAGGUCCCACCAUCAGCCAGUGAUGUCCUGUCAGAGUGAUGCCUAUCUUUAUCCACCAUCAUGUAACAGUAGUCUGCCAGAUAGCCUUGAUAAAGGGGUGCGACUUGGACUCUAUGAGGAUACUGUAGAGGUCACAUAAUGUUGGUGGCAUGAUUGUUAUACAAUGUCUUUAAAUCAUGCCCUGUAAUAUGCAGCAUCACUUGUUCACUCUUCUAGUUCCCAGGUCAUUCUUGUGAGGUGACUUGCUGCCUUUCUUACAAGUUUUGAGAGAUGAACUUAUAGAGGGAUGUCACAUUAGUGCCAUCUGCACGUAUCCGCAUUGAAACUGAGGCUCUCUGUGAUGAAUUUCAUCGCGCGCCCCCGCUGAGUUGACACAGUACAUGCAGUAUCCGGUUCGUAAGUGUGACGCCACUUCAGUUUAAACCACGCCCACUGCAGGUACAU